UAGGAACGAAACGAAAUUGUCAAAGUUGACAAAAGACGAAAACCACUGACGUCACUUUUGCCCGAAUUUGUAUAUUUAAAAUUGAUAAUAAUUUAUAGAACUACGAUUCUAUUUACCAUUCAUUAAAAAAUGGCAGACCCAAAAUACGAAAAUUUACCAGGCAUAGCUUACGAUCAGCCUGAUGUAUAUGAAACCGGCGACUUGCCUGAAGCCGAUCAGCAGGAGCCCUUUGAGGAAGAAGAGAACGAAUGUAUCGAAACCCUGCACUUGUCUGUGAAGGAUUCUUUCAAUAACUUCAAAGGGAAGUUUUUGACUGGUGCAGUGGAUUUCUCUGACCGUUUGAGCAGAAAAAGUAGGAUUGGAUACAGGGCUGGUGAAUACGAGCUGGCAGCCGAAGGUGAACCAGAGACAGUCUUGGAGCGCUACAACAGGCUGCGAUGCGAGUUCUCAGACUUGCUGGAACAAGUGGCUGAACAGCAGAAUAAGGCUACGGAGAGUGAAAAGGACGAGUAUUCCCGCCUGGCGACUCAAAUAAACGCGACCAAGAAGAUUCUGGAAGAGCUGAAGCUUGAGGAAGGUGAACAUGUGGACCCCACGGCUGAAAAACUCAAGGAGUAUUUAGCCCAGGGCGGUAAGAAAAAGCAGCCGGGCGUAGCGACCGCUAGUCUCAAGCUGAAGCCAGAGGUCAACCUCGCGCAGACCACGCGCAUCGCUCAGCUAGAACACAGGUUACACAAGUUGGAGCAAGCCGCCGGCGUAAGAGACGAAGAGGCUUUCCGAAGACUGCAGGCUGCAACCGGAGAGGCGACGCUGUGCGGCGCGGCGGCGACGCUCGCGGCGCAGGCCGCCCUGCUGCGGCCCGCGGAGCUGGCGGCGGCGGACGCGCGCGCCGCCUCGCUGCUCGCCAACGUCGAGGCCAUACGCGCCGCCCGCCCCUCCGACCCCGAGCUCGACGCCAAGGUCAACGAGUUAUAUAAAUUAGUGCAGCAGAUCGACGGGAUAUCACAUUCAGAGAUCCUUGAGAGAAUGGAGGCCCUGGAAUCUCUCCACAACCAAGCGAGCAAUUUCGGCAAAUCCCUAACGGAGCUAGAAACGCUACAGAGCACCAUCGCGUCUGGCGUCAAAAACAACAAGGAACUCUUGCAGGGCGUGCAAGAGGUGUUCGCGCACAACAUCGACAGCCUUCAGAAGGAGAUCAAAAAACUGGACGACCGCAUCGGCAAGCUGACCGCGUGAUGAGGCGACCACGAGUUUACAAUGGCAACUAUUGUUUAAAUUAACUUAGUCAAUGGGCUUCUACAGUU